AUGGAUAAAUUUUUAAUUAAACGACCGAUGAAUAGUGAUGAUGAAAGUGCUAUAGAAACUAAAGUUCGUAAGGUAUCGGAAAUGUCGUCAGAUGUAAAAACCAGUCGAAAAGUUAAUAAAAAGGACCGUAAAUACCAAGACAGUUACAUCAAGUUUGGAUUCACUUUCGAUGUUGAAAAAGGUGAGCCAAAAUGUGUUAUUUGUUUAGAAAGAUUAGCUUCAGAAAGUAUGAAGCCAUCAAAGCUAAAACGACAUUUAGUUACUAAACAUCCUCAAUUCCAACAUAAAGAGGAAGACUUUUUUAAAAGGUAUGAAAAUUCGAUAGAAGUUCAAAAAAAUACUAUGCGUAAUUUUUCUUCAGUUCCUAUAAAAGCUCUAGCUGCAUCAUUAGAGGCUUCAWMUUUAAUUGCUAAAACCAAAAAACCACACUCUAUUGGUGAAUCUCUCGUUUUACCGGCCGCUAUAAAAAUAGUAUCAAUUAUGCAUGGCGAAUCAUAUGCAAAUGAAUUAAAAAUGAUUCCCUUAUCAAGAGAUACUGUGUCGCGUAGAAUUGAAAAUAUGUCUGAUAAUAUAAAAUCACAACUCCUAAAUAGAUUACGAGGAAAUUAUUAUGCAAUGCAAUUAGAUGAAUCUACGGAUAUAACUAAUCUUGCUCAACUUCUURUAUAUGUUAGAUAUAUUUAUAAAGAUAAAAUUGAAGAAGACUUUUUAUUUUGUCAACCAUUAGAAGGACGUACGACUGGAAAUGAUAUUUUUGUUCUUAUAAACAAUUUUUUAGAAAUUAAUGAAAUUCCCUGGUCAAUGUGUGUGUCAAUAUGCACUGACGGUGCAGCUGCCCUUACUGGUUCAAAAAAAGGUUUUAAAGCUAAAGUUCUAGAAGUGUCUUCAAAUAUAAUGUUUAACCAUUGUAUGAUUCAUAGAGAAGCUUUAGCUUCCAAAAAACUUCAACCAGAUGUUAAUAAAGUACUCCUUAAUGCUAUAAGUGUAAUAAAUUUUAUAAAAUCAAAGUCAUUAAAUUCCAGACUUUUUACUAUACUUUGCAAUGAAAUGGGUUCUGACCAUAAAAAAUUGCUUCUUCAUACUGAAGUAAGGUGGUUGUCUCGUGGUAAAAUAUUAUCACGCCUUUUUGAACUCAGAGAUGAAGCACGAAUUUUUCUUCUGGAACGUAAUAAUAAACUUUCGGAACAUUUUUUAGACGAGCAAUGGCUUGCAAUUCUGGGUUAUCUUGCAGAUAUAUUUGAAAAACUAAAUUGUCUAAAUUUAARCCUACAAGGGAAAAAUACUWAUAUUUUAUUUMUUUCUGAUAAAAUCAAUGCUUUUAAAAAAAAAAUUCUUCUGUGGAAAAAUUAUAUCGACGAUGACAAAUUUGAAAUGUUUUCAUGUUUAUCAGAAUUCCUCAGUGAUAAUGAUGUGGAUAUUAAUAUGAUAAAAGAAAUUAUAACUACUCAUCUAAUAAGUUUACAAACAAACUUUAAUGCACGGUUUGAAGAUUUCCCAGAAGAAAGAAAUUUAAAAAUAAGUGAAGAACUUAUUGACUUGUCGUCAGAUGAAAAUCUACGUAUCAGAUUUCAAGAAAAUGCAUGURAUACAUUUUGGAUUUCCAUCAAAUCUGAAUAUCCAGAAUUAUCAAAACAAGCUAUAUCAAUUUUACUUCCUUUUGCAUCAACUUAUUUAUGCGAAACAGCAUUUUCAACACUAACGAUAAUUAAAAACAAAUAUCGCUCCAGAUUAAAUGUUGAAGCUGAUUUAAGAGUAGCAGUGUCAAAUAUCAAACCAAACAUAGAAUCAAUCAUGUCUACAAUGCAAGCUCAGGUCUCUCAUUAA